AUGGUUUCUUCAAAGUCGCUUUUCAGGGCUUCCUGCCUACUCCUGGUACUUGCAUUGCAUUGCGGUUCAACACUAGCCGCUGCAUCUCCUGCUCCUGGUACUCUCAUCUUUGCUAGACAAAACCCCGGAUGUGUUCAGGAUUGUGCUGUCCCUACUUGCAAUUGCUCUGCGGACGAGGAUUGCCAAAUGAUAGCACAAACAUGUGACAGCUGCUCAAAAGUACAGUGCAACGCCAAAACUACGUCAUCAACUUCCAAGACCUCGAGCGGCGUUGGAGCUAUUGUUGGAGGAUUAUUUGGUGGACUGGCAGUUGCGGGAUUGAUUGGGUUCGUGGUCUACACCCGCUGCAUCAAGAAGAAGAAGGCAAGAAUGUCGAUGGCGGCGUCUGCUGCUGAGAAGGAAAACGACUUUGGAAUGUUGAAGAGCGCUAGGGCUUCUACUCACACCGUCGCUUCGAUUGCUUCCACCGUUCGUACCCGUGCGUCAAACGUUAUUCAGAUCGCGUAUAUCCCUGGAGUCACGAAUCGUUCCGGCCCUUCAACUCCAUCUCACCUCGUCCCGCCUGUUCCACCUCUUCCAGGUAUGGCCACUAGUCCAGUUACUUCACAAUAUCCUCGAUCACCUUUGGCUGGCGACUUCCAGUUCUCUGCGGACGACAUAUUGCGCGGUUCCAUGUACACUGUCAAUGAUAAUCGUUCGUCCGUUGCAACAACUAUCUAUGGUCAAAAUGCAGUGGUAUCUCAGCCUAAUAUCAUCCGUGCUGGUAAAGCUGCUGUGGUCACGGUCAAGUCGGGGAGCAGCCAGGGUAGUUCGCCGUUGUCGGAAUCGAUGAUUCCCCCUGUUCCCACUCUUGUGAAAAUAAAGAGCAAGAAGGGCAGAACAAAGCCCAAGGAAAUUGAGGAACAGCCAACAGUACUGAACGUUCCGCCAAGUCCUGCUUUCUCUGUCGGAGAGACUUUCUUGAGUCGUAUGAACAGUGCCAAGACUGUGGAUGUAGCUAAACCUGUAGCUGGACCUAGUACCGUAAGGGCCGUACAUGAGAAUCACAGCGCGGAAUCGUUCGUCUACGACUCGGACGACUCGGACGAUGAUAUUCAGCCAGGCUCAAGACUCAAGCGCUCACAGUCUGCGUGCAGCAGUUGCAUCACAGACAUGGACACAGGGUCACCAUUCUCAGACUCAAGGUCGCCCUUUUCGGAUGUCAACACGGUGGCAAUUGAUAAUUUACUAGCCCCAGCAAGCUCUCGAUUACCGCCUGAUAACCACCCACGGGGUUCACCUGCAGAUGUGGCACAGGUGCCCGAGAGGACUGUUAGCCCGUUUGACGACUCAAAUACGAUGGACAAAGCAACCCGGUAA